ACGGUAAGUCAAAAGUGAAAACUCAAUGGGAGUCAACGUCGCUUGUCAUUCGUAAGCCGCGAUCGAUGGCGACAACUUCUUUCGCCCGGUAGACCGAGGAUUAGCAACAUGGCGAUCUUCAAAUAUAUUGCCGUUAUAUUGGCGUGUGGCGCGUGCGUUUCUGCAAUUGUUGGGCCAGGAAACGAAACGAAGUCUGUAUUAUCUAAAACUGAUACGUAUUUAGAUGCGUACUCUAAAUCGCGAAUUGAAGCUGAGAAGGCAAAACAAGGUGUAGUGAUAAUAACAGCAAAGGAUGGAGAGAAGAAGAUUUCAAACCGAGAUGAUAGUUACCAGUCUGCCUCCGGCUACGACUACUCACCGCCGUUUUCAAGUGACAGCAGUUUCAGUUCUUCAGGAUCAUCGAGUUACUCUGGGUCCAACAGUUACUCGCCUCCAUCGUCUAAUUACGGACCACCUGUGAAGUUUGAACCUGAAAUAACAUACAAUGCUCCUCCGAACACUUAUGGUCCUCCUUCUCCAAAUUAUGGACCUCCGGCGCAUAGCUAUGGGCCACCGGCUCCUUCGUACGGUCCCCCAGCCCAGACGUAUGGUCCUCCAGCUCAGUCUUACGGCCCACCAAUUCAUAAGCCAUUGCCACCACCAAUAUAUGGGCCACCCCUGAAACCAUCUUACGGGGUACCCUACACUGCACCCGCCCUAGGAUUUUUGGAUAAAUUGUCGUUGAAACUCGACAUCUUGACAAUAGCAAAAUUGCUGUUGAAACUGUUGAUCUUCAAGAAGCUUGUGACUAUGCUCGCCGUGGUUUGUAUGUUGUUGGUGAUACCGAAACUUAUUUCAUUCAAGAAGGACAACAAUGGCGGUGGCAACACUGACGAGGAUGAACGAAACUUUGGAGCCAAAAACUUGGUGGAGUUAACUUCGGUACAUCAGUUGUUGGAGAGAGCUAUCUCCGUAUACGGACAGCAGCAGCCGAACUGUAACGUCACGUGUCGCGUGCGCAGAGUCCUAGACGACAUUUACGAAUUUCAACCUUAUUUCAGGGGAGAUUCAUCAUAACUAACUCGCAGUUAUGCUGUCAACGGUCGUUGUUCUAAUGGAUGCUGGUUAUAGCAGGUGCCAUUGAAAUUAGUCUGAUUCCAGUCAAAAGACUUUAUCGUACCUAUUUAUUUACUUAUUUAUUUAAAUUAUUUGUAGAUAGUUAUUUAUUGUGAUUAUAAGUUAAAUAAAGAAUUUUAUAAUUUUUU